AAUGGGCCAGCGCGUAGAAUACCCGCGAUUUGAGCCUCAACACCCUCCAACGCUUCUCCAUACCCUAAACACCAACAACUCUGCUCCCCAUAAACAUUCGAGAGAUCUCAAGCACUUGGGUCUUAUUCGACUACAGCCUAGAUUCUAUACCCGAGUCUCCUAAAGUACCCAUGAGCACGGUAUGGUCGCCCGCUAUCCCCGGCUUCACAGCUUCCCAAUUGAUACGUCAUCAUACUGACACCCGCUAUUAUUCUGCUGCUAGGCUAAGGGGAACAACGCUCUUCAGCUGCUCGACACCGCUCGCUGCGAUGGCGACUGGGAGGCUGUUCUGGAGCUUUGUCGAAAGGUCACCAAGCAUGCGCCUGGCCGGAGAUGUACUUCACCUUACCUGCAACCCUGUAGCUUUCGGAUGCCGUUGAUCACUCAACUAAUCCCUUGAAUCUCAGGUCUUGCCAUGACGGCACAAACCGAGGCACGCCUUCAACAACUCUUACCUCCUCCACCGCCAGGCUCGUCGCCUUCUACCAUCGUGUCCUACAUCGUCUCGCUCGACGCCCUGCAAGAUCCCCUAGAGGACGAGCUGGACAAGUCCCCUCGCCGGCUGCCAAAGUUACCAACCCCCGCUGGAGGCGGAUGGAGCCCCGUUAUAACACGAGAGGACUUGGUUCAGGCGAGGGUCGCAAUUGCGUCUGUAUGCGUGCUAAAAGGGGAGUGGGGUGAAGCGCUACGUAUCAUCCCUCAUGAGCGGGAAAUCGAGGAUUGGGAUGGAGGGACCGGAGGGGGGUCUAAAGGGGAGUGCUUUGACAUUGUGAGGGUUAAGUCGCUCGUUCUCAAAGGUGCGUAGGGGCCACACUUGCUUUUGUCCUCCAACUGUUCUCCUGCUCUCUUAACUGGCUGGAUGAUCUCAUGGAUAUCUAUAUGCGGUCGGCAGAGUGGGUUGGGAUAAGCAGGUACAGGACCGAGCUUGGUCCCUAAUAGCUAGAACGCCACAUUUGCUCACAAUCGUCUUAGGAAUCGCCCUUUCCCAUACGAACCCAAGUGAUCUCUCCUUACCGCUAUUGUUAUACCGUACUGCCACACGACUUGCAACAACACUGUCAGCGACCCGACGCGAUUCGCCCUCACUGCUCUUUUGGACUGAGAGAGCUCUGGCUCAUUAUGCUCUCGCAGCGUAUCGCUGUUGGUUGGAGAAUAACACACCGGGCGUACCUCAUCCACCGCUCACAACUAUCCCCGUUACUCCUAGACAGAUGAACAGUCGCCCCGGGACCGCGCGAGCCGCUCCCGUCUAUCCGGUCCCGAGGGUGGUUGAAGAGGAGGAAGAAGAAGAGCAAGUUGGAGUAGCUAUUGGAAAAUCGUUGGUUGAUGAAGUAACUGUGGCAGUCGCCUUUCGAACCUUCCGCACCUUCGUUUCACGAUUCAGUCAGACCAGGCCCCAGCCCAGUACAGCAAAAUCUAAUCUCACGAGGCCUAGGGUAGGGACACCGAGCACCGGAAGGCCGAGUACAGCGAAAACCAACUUUGCCUCUGUGAACAUUGGGUAUGGGACUAGGAAGGAGAGAGAAAGGCAGGAAGUGUAUAGAUACUUUUUCCGAUUCUUAUCCCUUCUGCUUUUGCCUUCUCACCAUCCCCAAAGGCCAGCGCCUCGAAACCUGCCCUCCGGUUCAUCAUCACCAUUAGAGGAGAAGAAGGGCCCAACGAUGUCCAACAGCCCAAAUUACUCCAGUACCGGAUGGGGCGGGGGGGCUGGGUCAACAUCGGAACUGAGGGAUGAGCUCAAGGUUGUGGAAGGCAUAUAUGAGGGCUAUCUCCUGAGAAACCUAGAAUUCCCAGAGGCGGUAGAAUAUCACGAGCCUAUCGGGGAAUGGGUUGAUAUUGUUGCCGAGAAUUGGCACAUGGCUGGCGGGUCUGCAGAUGAUGCGCCUGCUGUGGUGGAAAUUCUGUACAGAGCGUCAGCAAAGACAUUUCUCUCGCCCAGAAUCCUCCGACAUUUAUUCUUCACACUCUCGGCCAUAGGAAAUCUCCUGGAGGCGGAGAUGGCCUUAAACACAUAUCUCGACCUUGUAGAAAAGGGGAAGGAGAGGAUUGCCAAAGGAAACACAGAGAUUGACUUUGAUUCAGACAAGGAGAUACUCGAGACUGCGGCUGAGGGCGUAAGAUUUCUAUGUAAGCAUAUAGGGGAAGGGAGGAGAGGGAUGAAUCUUGCCGAGAAAUGCGAAAAGUGGGUAGACGAAUGGCAUGUUGGCGACGAGGAGGUGCUCUCUGAAGUGUACAGGGCGAUUGGAACCGCUAAUGCCUGUUGGGCCUUCGAGACCACCGAAGGCGACGAUAGAGAUGCGAUACUCAGAUCAGCGGAGAGGGCGUUUAAAAGAGGCCUGCGCUUUAAUAGUGGGGAUGUGGAUGCUUGGUAUGGGCUUUCCUUGGUAUACGCUGGGCUACGAGACACAGUAUCCGCAAUGGAAGGCGUUGAUAAGGGAUUACAGGCCCUGACCCACGAGGCCACUGAAGGCGACUAUCGACGCCGAGCCAUCCCGAUGCUACAUCUGUUUGCGCUACUAAUGAGUACAAGCGCAACAGAGGAGUACGAUGGUGCGCAACACGCCUGUUCAAAGGCGUUGGAAAUUCUUGGCAGCCACGCCCAAAGCCUCCAGAUUGGAGAAAAAGAACUUGCCCUGCAGGUACAAAUGACGCAACUGCUACUUGUUGAGGUAACAGAAGGAUUCGACGAAGCUAUGGCAAUGACCGAAAAGCUUUUGAAUCUCUACAGCCAAGCUUUCAAUGGCAUUCCUAGGCGCCAAUUCGGCCCAGUAGAUAGCUUUGAUACCAACAAACCGAGUACGGGGGCCCACACGGCCGGUUCAUCAAGGCCCUCGACAGCUAAGCGGCUGUCUCGCCUAUUCGGGAGAAAUAAAAAAGAACUAUUUACACCUUUAAGCCUUCCUGCUUCGGCGAGACAGCCGCUGCGGUCACCAGGUGUUCUUCGGAAAUCCAGCGCUACGAGUCGCCGCUCGCUUAUUAAGCGACGUCCCAAGUCAGAAGCCGAAUCGUUGGAUACACCCUUCGCGCCGCCAAGGAUUCAAGUUACGGAUACUAAUGGAGGAACUUCACCUGCCGAGAUGCCACAGGAAAAAAGAAGGGUAUUACGCCGUAAUAGCGUCUCUGGCGGGACAAUAAGAAGGAUUAGGUCGCUUGGUAGUCGAAGAUCCUCCUCGUCUUCGAUGAGAUCUAGACUGAAGAAACGGGAUGAGGUCCCUCCCACACCAUCACUACCUAUGAGUAGCGCAGGUGUAUCAUCGGUAUCGACGGGUACGAGCGCUGGCAAUAGCCCCCUCGAUUACUCUAGAGGCCCAAUCCAACCCCAGCUCUUCCAUAUUCUCAAAUCCAAGCUCCACUAUAGCCAACCAGAAGAGGAUACCGUCCUCCGGUCUCCGCCUAACCCCAGCCCUGUGUCAGAUGGGGCUUCGGAUAAUAACCAAUCCAAUAGCGAUGGCACGAGACCGAAGGCAGUAGACAUUCCCAACAACGCCCCACAAACAAACGUCCCACAUCGAAUCAGCGCGCUCAGCAGCACUAUACCGGACAGAAAUCUGGGAUCAGUUCGCCGCCCCAUACGAGUUUCAGAGCCAAAGCUAAACGAAGCGGACGAGAAACGGCGAGCCAUCGCGAUCCUCCGGAGUGUCUGGCUAUUCGUCGCAGCACUCUACCGGCGGGGCAGGUUCUUCAACGAUGCAACCAUGGCCAUAGACGAGGCGACCGGACUUGUCGGCAGUGACGGGGAGGGUAGUCAAGAAGUUUUCGCAGAGGUACAUAUCUCCCCCCGUUACGCCCUCAAAUUUAUAGUGACUAACAUUGACCAGCGGGGCUACCUCGCCCUCUCCCAAGGCAAAAAAUCUGAGGCCUCCGAGCUCUUCGAAGCAGCACUAAUGAUAGACGUAAACUACCCGCCCGCCAUAAUAGGCCUCUGUGAAAUCCUCCUGGAACUCCCCCCUACACCUCAAGUCCCACUCCCGCAAACAUGGGUAACCGGGAAGAACCGUGCGCUGGCCCUCCUCCAAUCCCUCACUUCCUCACCCCGGGGGUGGAAUCUGCCCGAAGCGUGGCUCGCCCUGUCCAGAGCUUUCGAACUGGAAAAGGACAUCAAGAACGCCAAGGCCGCGCUGUGGAAGGUCAUUGAAUAUGAAGACGCAAAGGGCGUCAGACCCUUUACGGAGCUCCCGAGGAUGCUCUAGUAUAUCAUACAUUCCCUUAUAACCAUUUCUCUGCCUUCUUCCACCCUACUAAAGAAGUUUGAUUUAGAUUUUGUUUUGUGUUACAGUGCAGCGCAGUAUCAAAAAAAAUCUGGAGCGGCAUAUGGUAAAUUUCUUUUUCAAAUGUGAUGCAUAGAUUCCGGCGCCUUGUUUUGCUCUCUUAUUUUUAUUUUUUCUCUCCUACAGAGAAAAAUUUUGUAAUUUAAGGGUGGGGUAGGGGGAGGGGUGCUUUCUUCCUUUUCUCUUUUCUUCCUUCUGCCUUCUUUCGUUCGUUUCGUUUCGUCUGUUGGAUGCUGAAAUACCUAACCUGCGGGUACCCUCCUAUCCUUCAGUCAGUUAUGGUUAAAGCACAGUUAUGGGAGUGAACAUGCACGAUAAGGCGCCGGUAACUUGACCACACGAUUCCGCCAUGCCAUGCCAUGCCCACUGCGAUUGUCAUCCGAUUAGACCACCGCAACCCCAGAUUCCCACACUAUGCCAGGCCACGUUUGACACGGGCGAUUUACUACCAUACUAUCCCCGUUUCAC